GUGAGAUCAGAUGAAUAGGAGUGCAUUGCUCAUCCAUUGUCUAAGAAUCACAACAAUAGCACUAGAGGUAGUCACUGUCAGAUAAACUGUACUUAUCUACUCAUUCACUCCGAGUGCUCGGUGCCCCAAGGAAGUCUUCUGUUCCACAGUUGACUCUGGGCUGAGCUCACUUACACAGUACACGCCGCUGCUCUCCCAUUCUCCUAGUUCGACAGUCAGCGUUUCAUUUAAUCUUGAUACUGGAUCAAAACCGCAAGGCUCUGUCUUCACCAUAGAACACAAUCAGAACAUCUCUGCACAUGUCAUCUUAAAAACAAAGCUUCAGCUUGUUCUCCCAGAACCCGAUGGCGGUGCAGCUGAGGUGUGGCUAGUACUCUUGGCAAACCCAGUCGCGAUCCAAAUUUUUGGCAAUCUGAGAGCUGCGCGCAAUUGGUAGCCGUGUCCAUCACGAACCCGACCCAACGUUCCGACAUGGCCUCCCCAGCCAAUUUCCUUCGGUUGUGUCUCCGGACCAGCAGGCCGCUAUCAAACCUUCGGACAGCCGCUGUGCAGCAGUCUACACUUCGAAGACAGUUGUCAACAACGCAAUGGCGACCAGCUCCUUCACAAGACGAAGCCGCAAAUCAAGAGGCGCAGGAUGAGUUCGACCGAGUGUUUAGAAAUCCGGGCGAAUUCCUGAAGACCCUUGUUCGCGACGAGAAUGUCCCCGAUGAGGAGCGACAGCUAGCGAUGCGCAUGCUUGACGACUGGAAAAAGGUGCCACCGGACAUGCAGAGACAGUUCGACCGGCUCACCGAGGAGGUCGACCAAGAGAGUGCAAGGCUGCGGAGACCUGUGCAACCUAAGAGGGAUAGCUUCUGGAACACAGAAGAGGCCGACUCGGAUUUGAUCACGAGCGAAAUUGGCGAGGAUGACUUUGAGGAGGACGACAUUAUGGCGUUGGGUCACGCCAAGCUCGAGGAGCACCGCGAGUUCAGAGAAUACGCGCGCAUCGCCGUGUGGGAGAUGCCGCUGCUCUCAAAACUUGCGAAGCCCUUCCAGCCCCCGGCCGAGGACGAGGUCCUACGCUUCAGGUACACGACAUACCUGGGCGAGUUCCACCCUGCCGACAGGAAAGUCGUGGUAGAAUUCUGCCCCAGAGACUUGCCUCUUACCGAGCCUCAACAGUUGAAGCUCAAGAAGCUUGCCGGGGCCAGAUACAACCCUGAGAAAGACAUCAUCAAGAUAAGCUGCGAGCGGUUUGAGCACCAGGCACAGAACAAGCGGUACUUGGGAGACCUGGUGGACAAGAUGAUUGCUACGGCGAAGGACCCCACCGAUAUGUUUGAGGACAUUCCCCUCGACCUCCGCCACCACAAGGUCAAACCGCAAGUCAAAUUUCCCAAGGAGUGGUAUCUGACAGAGCAGCGGAAGAAGGAGCUGGAAGCACGGCGGCAACAGGCGCUGCUUCUGGAUGAGCAGAAGAGGACGGAGGGGACGCUUGUUGAUGGGGUGCAGACCAUUCAGCAAGCCCUCCUUACGAUGAAGGCGGUAGAAGAAACCGUCCCGGUACUGAGGGGAAGGUCGCCGCGUGGUCGUCGGUAAGCGGUCCCCUCCAGGUUCCUUUAUUGCAUGGUGUCCCUCGUUGGGCCACGAGGUUAUCAACGACGAUCUCCUGCCGUGCUCCAUCUGGCUGGACUAUAAUCCAAGCACAGCGCCGCCACGGCAAAUACUCAACAUUGUCUCGCUGGGGCGAGCAAUCGGCUCUUGUAUUAUGAGAUGCAAUGUAAAGUACAUCAAUACGUAUAGAGAAUCUGGAGAGUCUUCUAUUGGACUA